CGCGCUCCGCUGUGCACCUGCAGAGAGCGGCGGAGGAGGAGGAGGAGGAGGAGUGGAGUUUUGGAUGCUUCGGUCGAGCUGGGCUGCCCACUUCUCACUCGAAUUCAGCACAAGUUGUCGGAGCAAGUUUCCCUGAAGAAGUGGUGGAAUAGCUGGAACAGGAAUGGAGCUUUCGUUUGCCCGGUUCUGCUGCGUGCUGUUGAGCCUGUUUGCAGGUUUGGCCUCUGGCCUGGAGAUCACAUCUACGGGGCAGACAUCGAUAGAGAAGGCCAGUGGUCAGGGUGUGAAGCUGGACUGUCAGUUCACUCUGGCCCCUGAAGAUUCUGGACCACUGGAUAUUGAGUGGAGCUUGUUAUCCUCUGACAACCAGAAAGAAGACAAAGUGGUGAUCCUGUACUCAGGUGACAGAGCCUACGAGGACUACUAUGAACCCAUGAAGGGCCGAGUCCAUUUCAACUCAGCUGACCCCAAAAAUGGUGACGCCUCCAUCAAUCUGACGGGGCUGAAGUCGUCGGACUCAGGCACCUACCAGUGUAAGGUGAAGAAGGCUCCUGGUAUCCGCAGCAGGAAGAUGCUGCUGAUUGUCAUGGUUAAGCCAUCCAAGCCCAGGUGCUAUGCCGAAGGCCCCACGCAGGAAGGCAAAGAUAUUGUGCUGAGGUGCACAUCUAGUGAGGGCACCAACCCCCUGCAGUACAGCUGGGAGAAGACCAGUGACAACAAGCUGUUGCCUGCCUCAGCUGUGUUGGAUCCUGUGGGAGGCACCAUUAACGUGAAGAACGCAUCUGCCAGCGCAUCUGGCACCUACCGCUGCAUUUCCAGCAACCGUGUUGGCACUGAGGACUGUAUACUAUAUCUCAAUGUGACACCUCCCCCCAACACUGCAGGCAUCAUCGCAGGAGCCAUAAUUGCUGUACUCCUGAUCCUCAUCAUUAUCGCCAUCAUCCUCUUCUGCUGUUGCCGUGCGCGUCACAGGAAGAAGUACGAGAAGGAGAUCUGCAAUGAGAUCAGAGAGGAUGUGCCUCCUCCUAAGAGUCGUGUUUCGACAGCGCGCAGUUUCACGGUGGGCAGCCAGCGCUCCUCGCUGGGGUCCAUGUCGCCUUCCAACCUGCAUGAGUAUGCCCUGAAGCCUCAGUAUGACAAGAUUCCCUCAUCAGAGGACUACGAGAGGCCUCCGAGCCAUGCCCCUCUGCCCCCACCAAAUGCUGCCAAAAUGGCCGGCCCCAAUCUCAGCCGCAUGGGAGCCAUCCCGGUCAUGAUCCCUGCCCAGAACAGGGACGGCUCAAUUGUCUAGCCCGUCCUCUCUUCCUGAGAAGGGACCAUGCAACGAGGGGAGGGAACAGAGGAAGGGAGUAGGACACAAGCCAAUGAAGAAGGAGCAAGAGCUGGGAUGGGCUGACUCACCUGACUUUUAGCUCUUCAUUAUUUACAAAUAGGAGUGUUCUCCUCUUAUGAAGACCUGACUCUGCUGUGGUGCUGAGAAAAGAAUGCUGGAAACACAACAGAGCACAUAAACUUUUUAUCAAAAACAACAAAAAAAAAACUUUUAUGAAUUUUACUUUCUUGACUUUCUCACUGACAAAUGGAUAUAACGCAGAAUGGUCAAUAUACAAAUUAUAUUGUACAUAAGUGAAUGCAUGUUUUUUUUAAAUAUAGAUGGCCCUUACUGUGUGUUCAAAAGCAGAUCCAGGCCCCUAAUUGGCCAGCUGUAUGCAUGCAUGUAUGUAUAGAACUGCAGCUGUAUGUGUGAGUGUGAAUCUAAGUGUAUGUCUGUGAAUGGGAGUUUGGGAAAUGUAUAGUUCAUUUAUCGUCUUUUAAUGCCUACAUUACAGUAUGAUCAUAUAUCAGGCAGUCCAGUCUCUACAAAUUUUUAAUUCCAUGAAUUUAUUGUAAAACAAGAUGUUCUAAACUUUGAAAGACAGACUUGUUAGAAGAAAAUCUACAGAUCUGAAUUAAUCCUCCGACUGAGCUGAAAAAUGUCUAUUUGGGUCAGCCGUUUUCUGUUGAACUGUUUUCUGUUGAACCGUUUGCUGUUGAACCGUUUGCUGUUUGAAUUGUCCAGUCUGGGUUUCAGUGGGGGCGCUGAAGCAGUCAUGAUUGGCUGGUGGUAAAGGGGAGGUUCAGGCCACCACAUCCUGUGAUUGGGUGGAUUACUGCCUCUUGACCAAGCUUAAAAAACAAUAAAAGAGCCCCAUCCCUCCUCCCGAGAUCUUAAGAGGAGGUGGUGUAUAGGGAUAUAAGAGGGCAGCUGGACAGCAAGAUUCACUGAGCAAUCAGCUUUGAUUGUGUUUGACUAUCAAUAGGCCUUUAACCCCUGUGACCACUAAAACAUGUCGACCUCCCCAAACACGCGCGGCACAGUCUUAAUCUUCAUCUGUAGUAUCAGUGGCUGUGUUUAAUCCUCCUUAUUUGCAUUACACAGAGCAAAUAUCUUGAUUAACCUUCUCUACGUGGUCAAUAUGAAACUUUGCACGGCUUCUGUAGCAUUAAUUGGACUCUUUAAUGAAGGAUGUAAAGCCUGCGUACAUGAAGAAAGUGCCCACACAGAGGAACUAAUGUGAAAAGCCUUCGAUGCUGAAUUGUACUGCUCUGAAUCCACUUCACAACCUCUGGUUUGAAUUUGUUUUGCACUCUCUUGGUGCUGGACAGCUUAAAUUCAGUCAGUGUAUGUUGCCAUAGGCUAGUCCUUGUAGUUUGUGGUUUAUUCUGCCCUUAAACCAUGCCCACUCUUCCAUUGUUUUUACACAGUCUGGAAGCCCGACACUUCAUGUUGUCUGCUAAACUCCCAGAUUGAAGACUUAGAGGGCAAACUGUGGUUUUUGUUUUGUUGUGCUCUGAAGCCUUAUUCUAUUCCUUAUUUCCGCCUUACACACCUUCCCUCAGUUCACCUACGCACAAACCUCACAGCUGGAUUCUGAUAACUAAUAUUGUGCCUUGUUGCCCCAGUUGUCAUAGCACAUCCACAAAUGUGAGCUGUGCUGUGUGCAGUAGCAUCACCCUGAGCGGCCAUUGUAGCCCACAGCCACCAGAACAAUAUAGCAAUCAGUGAGUCUAUUGAUUGCUUUCUGUUGCCUCGAUCAGGUCAGGUCUAGGAUUUCCCACACCCACUCACCUUAUACAAACUCCCCUGCAGCUUAACAAAACCUUUCUCACUGUCUUAAUGCUUUGAUUUUUUUACUCCAAAACAUGUCUUCAUGCUUUUUUUUACUUUAUUUAAAAGUAAGUUGUUUUUUUUUUUUUAAUAACUAAUUGUUCUGGCUGUACGUAUAAAUAUCCUGUCGAAGUAACCCUAUCUAAUCACAAAACAGUGGAAUGACAUAAAGAUGAUGUUUGUAUGUAUGUAUAUGUGACGCUCUGCCGUGCUGUGCUUGGCAAAUCUAUAUCUAGAUCAGAAGCGGAGGGGCACUGCGGGUCUUGUCAGUACAGUUGAAAUGCUCCGCCAGUGUGAUUGGGAAUUUCAGGCAUCGUGUCAGUAUGUGUACUGUAAGCUUGUGUGUGUGCGUGUGGACUCCUCGGAUCUGAGAGGAGGUGACAGUUGUAGAAACAUCUCAGCCCUAUGUACUUCUGCCGGAUCCGAUGUCGCACCUGUUUUCUAACACCAAGGAAAGUGAGACCUGGGCCUUCCUAGACAAAGAAAUUACAUCUGUCACUUCCUCUUAAACACUACUGUGUGCGUGUGUGUGUUGGGGGGAGCAAGUGUAUUGUACAUGAAGGGAGAUUGCUGUCAGAAUGGGCCCCUGUAGAAUUCUAGUUAGAUUUUCACCUGCUGACGAACUGUACAGAGCUCUUGGGGAGAUACUGUCUCUCUGUGUGCUCAGAACAUUAAUGACACCCACUACUAACAAUAUUAACUGUAGCUUUGAAAUCGACGUACUAAUAUUGUAUGAAGAUCUCCUUUGAGGUUUGCACACUGUGUGAAAACCAUUUUUUUUUCUUUUUGUGUGUAUUUUUUGUGCUGUAUUUUUGAAUAAUAAAAGUCCAUGAAAUAUA